CUGUGCAGGAACAUAAUAGGUGUUGACCCAUUUGGGAGUGAAGAGGCUAUUCCCUUCCUGCUAUGCCCCAGAUGACACCCUGACCUGAACAGGCCAAGUGAGUCAACUCAUCCCAAGGCACUUCAUGUGUGAAAAUGGUGUCUUAGAUCCCUGCAAAAUAUUCUUCCUCACCCUGGCCCUGAAUUGCAGACGCCCUCUUACCAACUGAGGAAACACAGUUCUUGACACAGUUCUGUUUUGAACACCAGCGAGAGGGGGUUGGUCAAGAAUGACCUGAAGAUCUUCCUAAACCCUCCUUUCCCUGUCAGCUCCAGAACCCCUUGCAUUUCCACUAGGCUCCAGCUGUUCAGCUGCUCCAGUUUUAUGAGUUGUUUGGGGCUUGUCUUCGCUACCACGCUACAUCAGCGCAGCUGUGUCAAUGUAGCACAUCUGGUGAAGACGCGCUAUGUCAAUGGGAGAACACUCUAAUUCAUGUCUGUAAAGCAUUUUGGGACCUGCAGAUGGAAGUCUGUCCAGAACUGAGGAAAAAAGGUCUAUUCCUACUUCUUCCUCAAACAUAAUUUCAAGGGUGACAACAGCUCUCUCUGGACUAAGCUAUAGUGACUCCAAAAGCCCCUCUGGACUGUGGGAUAUAGUUAUUUUGUCUCGCUCAUAUUGUGGAGAAAUUCUCCAUCCUGAGCUUCAGCCAUGAAUUUCCUCCGAAGGCGCCUCUCGGACAGUAGUUUUGUGGCCAACUUGCCCAAUGGCUAUAUGAUGGAUCUGCAGCGUCCUGAUAAUUCCACUAGCUCUCCAGGUUCUCCAGCAACUGAGAGGAAGCAACAGCAGCAGCCAUCACCCUCUUCCUCUUCUGGAACCAGUAUCUUCAGUUCCAUCUCCAGUGCCAUGAAGCAGACCACACAAGCAGCUGCAGGACUGAUGGAGCACUCGGCAAGCCCUGCUCCUGUGGCUCAGAAACCCAAGAUCCUUUUGGUGAUUGAUGAUGCUCACACGGAUUGGGCCAAGUAUUUCCAGGGGAAGAAGGUGAAUGGAGAAUUUGAGAUCCGAGUGGAACAGGCUGAGUUCUCAGAGCUGAACCUGGCUGCUUACGUUACUGGUGGCUGCAUGGUGGACAUGCAGGUCAUGAGGAACGGCACUAAGGUAGUAAGGUCCUUUAAGCCUGACUUUGUUCUGAUUCGACAACAUGCCUACAGCAUGGCACUAGGAGAGGACUUUCGCAGCCUCAUCAUCGGCCUGCAGUAUGGCGGAGUCCAUAGUGUCAACUCCCUUUACUCCAUCUAUAACUUCUGCAGCAAGCCCUGGGUGUUCUCUCAGCUAAUUAAAAUCUUCAACUCGCUGGGUCCUGAGAAGUUCCCCCUUGUGGAGCAAACAUUCUUCCCAAGCCAUAAGCAGAUGCUCACAACCCCAAAUUUCCCUGUCGUGGUCAAGCUGGGACAUGCUCAUGCUGGAAUGGGGAAGGUAAAAGUUGAGAACCAGUAUGACUUCCAGGACAUGGCCAGCGUGGUUGCCAUGGCAAAAACCUAUGCCACCACCGAGGCGUUCAUCGACUCCAAGUACGACAUCCGAAUCCAGAAAAUCGGCAGCAAUUACAAAGCUUACAUGAGGACAUCCAUCUCUGGGAACUGGAAGGCAAACACAGGUUCUGCCAUGCUGGAGCAGAUCGCAAUGACAGAGAGGUACAGACUCUGGGCGGACUCCUGCGCCGAGAUGUUUGGAGGCCUCGAUAUUUGUGCUGUCAAAGCUGUCCACAGCAAAGACGGGAAGGACUAUAUCAUUGAGGUGAUGGAUAGCUCGAUGCCCCUGAUAGGGGAGCACGUGGAGGAGGACACACAGCUCGUAGCUGAUCUGGUUGUCUCCAAAAUGACUCAGCUUCUUGUGACUGCAGGAUCUACCCCCUCACCUCCAAGGCCUUGGCCACAACAAGUCCAGCCUCAGUCAAUGAAAUCACAGAUGCAGCCUCAGCCUGGACCCCAGCUUGGACAACCGUCCCAACCACGGCCACCUCCUCAAGGGGGUCCACGCCAGCCUCAGGGAUCUCAGCCUCCGCGGACUGGACCACCUCCACAACAACGGCUCUCUCCUCAGGGCCAGCAGCCCCAGAGUCCCCAGUCUAGCUCACCUCAGCAGCAGAGGUCGCCUGGAUCCCCCCAGCUAACACGAUCUUCCACUGGGACCUCCCCAGUCCAGGCCUCCAAGCCGGGCAUCUUCCCACCACAGCAGCCUAGACCUCCUGCCCAAGGACGGGCUCCUGCUCAACAAGGCCUUGGUGAAACACCCAAGCAGCAGGCCUCCCCACAUCCACACCUGAACAAAUCCCAGUCCCUGACGAACACCUUCAGCAUAUCUGAAUCAUCACAACGGGGAAAUGCCAACGAAGAUGAGGCAAAAGCUGAAACCAUCCGCAACCUGAGGAAGUCUUUUGCUAGCCUGUUUUCUGAUUAACAUCCCUGGAGUCAGAUCAGUGCUUUUGUUAGCCCACUCUUCAUAUCAACCUACCCGAUGUUAUUGUGGAAUUUACUCACUGGUACCUACUCAUGAAAAAUCUGGGAACAUAAUCCUUCAAGCUCUCUUUUCUAAAUGGGUUUUGCCCAGGAAUUAGUUAGCCCUAGAUGUUUUAAUUUUAAGGGUUAUUCCAACAUGGGCCAGAAAAGUGAUUAUGUAAAAAUAGCACUUUUUCACUUGGUAGAUCUGCUCUGUGUGCAUAGUCAGUCAGAUCUGCUUACUUGAGUGACCUGAAAUAAGUUCAAGGUAUUUUUUACUCCUAUUACCCCUUUCUGAGACAACACAGCUUUUGGAGAGCAAAUUAGAUUCUAUUUUGGCUUGCACAUUAUCAAUAGAAUGAGUAACUACGGUCCCCUUACAGACUCUUUAUUCUCGUUGCAGCUGGCCCAAAAGGAACAGAGUUUGAUUUCUGAUGCAAAUGUGCAGAGACAGAAGUUAGAAUAAACAUCUGUUUACUUGUAAGUGAGCGUGUUUGAUCUGGAAAUCAUAGACACACAAUGAAUUUGGAACCUCAUAAUGCUAACUUUACAGAGUCACUUUUCUGAGCAGAAAUACAUUUCAAGUAAAACUUGGUAUCAGCUGUCAGUGAGUCCCAGAGAUCAUUGGAGCAGGGUAUAUAUUGGAUUUCUGCUCUGCUGAGGGCCAUCUUACCAGUAGCAAUGUAAAUGUCUCUGUUUCAUGCCUUGAGGCUGUGUUUCCUAUAUGUGUUACUUGAUUUCUGGGAGAAAGGUGUCAUGUUAUUACCCUACAGCCAUAGCUCAAAAAUAAACCAGAAAAUAGGACUGCUGCACAUCUUGAAAAAAUGGAUAUUUUAUGUUCAAAUAUAGUUCAUACCAACUUCAGAUAAAAUCCAUCCAAGCUGCUAAAUCUGUGUAAUCUGACUUGGUUGCUUCUGACUAAAUGAUCCCCAUGGGACAAGAUUAAUUAGUAGCAGAGUUUAUGAGGUGUUCAUACCGUUAUGGGCCUUCCAUGCUACAAACUGGCGAGAGCCAUGGGGUAAAAUCCUGGCCCCACUAAAGUCAGAGGGAGUUUUUCAUGGACUUUAGUGGGGCCAGGACUUCACCCAUGGAGUCAAUGCAAGGUGAGAGACCUGUGACCGGAUGGCUUCCCCCUAGAGAACUAUCACUUGCAAGAGAGAACAACCAGUACAGCCUGGUGACUCCCAAAGUGGGAAGACAAUGUAUGCAGAACCAGUUUAGAGCUGGAGCCAUGAUGGAUCUGAUUGCCUACUCUUUUUAAUGACUGCCCCAAGGAAUCUCCCCUGGGACAGGUUAUCAGUAUUACGGGUACCCCAAAGAAUUAUUUUUCUGGAGAACUCGUAAGGGGGGCAGAAGGGACCCAUAGUUGAACCAUUGCCUGCUCUGCUUUCCCUCGUGGCAUGUGACAGUCUAAAUCAGGGGUGUGUGCAACUAGCUUUGGACUGAGCCAUAACAAAAAAAAAAGUGACAGAAGCUAUAUGAAUAGCUGGACAUUAAUGGAGCUAAGACAAUUUAGCCCAGCUGAGGCUUUGCUCCUUGGAACAGGAGCAGUUCAAUUUACAACACACCAGCUGUGGGUGUGGUAUUUCCAUCCCACCAAUCUUAUGCACAGGAAGCGAGGCCCUGUGAACCCCAGUGAGGAGGCAGAUGACACAGAAGACAUUUCUGCUAGACUUUCCUUCUGGGUCUAUCUAGUACCGUUGUACCAAUCCUCACAUGUAUCUUUAGGGCUGGAUCCUUGAGACCAUGUCCCCUUUGCAGCACACCAGGAAGUUCCUGUUUGGAGCUGAGCGAGGACAUUUUAUGGCUAUCAAACACAUUUCAGUGUGCAGCUCUGCCUGGGGUUUAGUGCUUUCCUGUAACCUGAAAUGGGAACAGAAACCCAAAGUAGCAAGAAAAACAGCAGGCUGGUCAUCUUGGAUUUUACAGCAACAUGGGAAUAAAGCCAGACAAUUCAUUCCUGCACACACCAGUAACAAUUGUCAUCACAGUAGAGCCACAGGGACCCAAGGCAAUCAGCUCCGAGACUAUCCUGACUGGGUCUUCGUAGAUAAAUGUCUUUGGUGAGCUGUGUGCUUUCCAGCAUGCCACUUUUUCUGGGUGGGAAGGCUCUUUGGAUCAAUGAAUUAUGUCUGUCGGUUAAUA